AUGUGGCCUAGUACAACAAACACAACAACACGAGAUAAAAAUUGUAUUUGAAACGUUCCAAAUAAUAUUCACGCUGGCACUAGAAGGCGGUGCACUGAAAACUAAGAACGAUAAAAGCAAUGAAAUUAUAUGAAUAACCUAUACAUAAAUAGAUAAAAAAAAACGAGUUGAAAUUAAAAAAAAAUAAAUCUUUAAGAAGCGCUUAGUUUAGGCAAAAUCACAAAAACAUGGCGCGAGUUCAGGCUAGCGAAACAUUAAUUCCCCGCCAAGUUUUUGAGGUGCCUUCAAUAGAAGCCUCUGGCAAGCAACGUGUUCGCUCCGGUUCAACCACUUCGAAGAGUUCCAGCAAUGUUUCGGGUGUUCAAUUAAAAAAACAAAUCGGUCUUCUUGACGGUGUGGCCAUCAUUGUCGGUGUGAUUGUCGGCUCUGGCAUUUUUGUCAGCCCCAAAGGAGUGCUCAAGUUUUCCGGUUCCAUUGGACAAUCGCUUAUUGUUUGGGUAUUAUGCGGAGUACUCAGCAUGGUGGGAGCUCUAUGUUAUGCGGAAUUGGGCACCAUGAUACCCAAAUCAGGCGGUGAUUAUGCAUAUAUCGGAGCAGCAUUUGGUCCACUUCCGGCAUUUUUAUAUCUUUGGGUUGCCUUACUAAUCUUGGUCCCGACGGGUAAUGCGAUAACGGCUUUGACCUUUGCACAGUAUUUGCUAAAACCCUUCUGGCCAUCGUGUGAGGCACCCAUCGAGGCUGUUCAGCUACUUGCAGCUGCCAUGAUAUGUGUGUUAACAGUUAUAAAUUGCUAUAACGUUAAGUGGGUCACUCGGGUCACGGAUAUAUUUACGGGCACAAAAGUGGUGGCUCUUUUGGUCAUAGUCGGCGCUGGAGUUUGGUAUUUGUUUAACGGUAAUACCGAGCACUGGAAUAAGCCCUUCGAUGGUGGCCUCCAAUCACCAGGCUAUAUAGCAUUGGCCUUUUACAGCGGCUUGUUUUCAUACUCUGGAUGGAACUAUCUGAAUUUCGUGACCGAAGAGUUAAAGGAUCCUUAUAAAAAUUUACCAAAGGCUAUAUGCAUAUCCAUGCCGGUGGUGACAGUCAUUUACAUGAUCACUAAUAUAGCAUACUUUUCUGUACUAUCCACGGAGGAAAUUCUCUCAUCCGACGCGGUGGCUGUGACAUUUGGUGACAAAAUGCUGGGCUAUAUGUCCUGGAUAAUGCCAUUCGCAGUUGCCUGUUCGACCUUUGGCUCGCUGAAUGGAGCGAUAUUCGCAUCGUCGAGGUUAUUCUUUGUUGGAGCUAGAAAUGGACAUUUGCCAGCUGCUAUAUCACUGAUUAACGUAAACUGCUUGACACCAAUACCAUCGCUGAUAUUUUUGGGUGCUCUGACAUUGCUUUUACUCUUUAUCGAGGAUACCUAUGUGUUGAUCAACUAUGUCAGUUAUGUGGAGGCCUUAUUUACACUCAUCUCGGUGUCAGGACUUUUGUGGUUACGUUAUAAACAACCGAAGACAGAGCGCCCAAUUCGGGUUAGUUUGAUACUUCCUGUCAUAUAUCUCAUUGUUUGCCUCUUUCUGGUGAUCUCGUCCUGUUCGCAAUCGCCCUUUGAAGUGGGUAUUGGCACAAUUAUAAUACUUUCGGGAAUUCCAGUUUAUUAUCUCACCAUACAUCAUCCCGUCAAUUGGUUAGCAGAUACAUCGCAGGCCAUCAAUAUUUGGUGCUCGAAAUUUUUCAUCUGUAUGCCAAAUCAGGAAAAAUUUGAUUAGGCCUCUCACAAAAAUGAUUUAUUGAUAAGUGCCUUUCUACAAAUUUUUUAAAGGAUACACAUUUUUUUGUAAUUAACAUUAACAAUAAGCCACAAUUAAUUGUUUAAAAAGUCAUCGCACAAAAUGUUAUUGUAAAUAACUCAAAAUUAUAUUCCAAAUGAUUUAUGUAUAUUCCCUACAGAAGAAGAGUUCCUUUAAAAGAAGCAAAUCUAAAAGACAUGUUUAUAUACAUAUUUACAUA